AUGCCUACCCGACAAACACGCAGCAGAAGUCGAGGUCGACCUGCCAGCAAGUCCUCGCAGCCUGGAAGACCUCUAUCUCGUAUCCGAACCACGGCUCAGUUUUCAGCCCCGGAUUACGAUCAAUCAACACCUGAACCGAAAAUCCCGUCCACUCCGUCGCCGUCAUGGGGCAAAUUUCUGGGCAAGAAGAAUGGCAAGAUCAUGUCUCCUGAGUCAGCUGCCAAACGAUCUUGGUUGCGCGGUUAUCAGAGAGACACUGUGGGUUUGGACGAGGCCCGAGUAUAUGAUAUGACACCCGAUUGGAGAGGUAUACCUUCAGUGUCCUUGAUCAAACCAGAUGGUGGCGGUUACUAUAUGAGCAGCUAUUGUGCUCCUGCUAGUCAUUCAUCAAAGGGAGAUGUCCAGGAUCGUAUCAGCAGAUCCAAUUCCUCCCGAGCCAAGACCAUGGCCUCUCCAACCUUCAGCAAGAGAUCUACGUCGCGUCCAAAGCGAGUCGAAAUCUCAACCCAGCUGGAUGACGAAGAUCAGCAAGAACACACGCGCUCACGAUCAUCUCCAACAUGGAGAAAGACAAGACCCGAUACGCCUUCCUCUACUCGAGCCAGUAUUUUUGACUUCCCAUCAAAGGAAAGUUCCUGGAACUCGCUUGAGGGCUUUGUACCGCGAUCUGGAUUCAUCUGGCUAGUGUUGAUAUUCCUCGGCAUUUUCUUGGGUUUGUCUUCUCCGCCCAAAGCAAAUCCAGUUCAGGUUGCGUACAAAGAAGUAUGCAAUCGGUUUGGAAACCCUGCUGAGUGGAACUGCAACGGAAAUUUCAACUUCACCAUCGAUAAUGUUAUAAGCCACUGCCAUAGUGUUACCGACAAGAUUUACGACAAAUUCCAGAUGCUAGACGCAAAGGCAAACGUCGAAGACUUGAUGCACUCGUGUCAAAGCUCGAUCGGCCAAGGCACAGACGAGCUCGAAAACAUGUUCGAAGGCAUGUCCGAGAAAGCAACCGCCACGUUCAAGAGAUCUCUCUGUGCUCUUCCAGGAGCGGAGGAGUGGACCGAUUGCGUGAAGAAGCCAGCUCCAAAGCUCCGCAAGUCUUUCGUGAUGAUUGGAAGUGUGUUUUCAGACCCCUUCAGCAGUACCAGAACCAAGCAUCCCAGGCAUUCGCCAUCGAUUAGUGGACCCAAGAUUGUGGAGAGAAUAUUCAAAAUUGUUACGACCACCAAGAACGGCCGAGUCGUAAGAAGCACUCAUACCCAAUCACGCGAGUAUGCUUAUACUCCCGCCGUCUCCACGAUUGGCCGUGCCGAAAGUAUAGCUAAUAGCGUCGUCUCUUCAUUGGCGAGCCAAGCAAACAGCUAUGCAACAUCUAAGCUGUCUUCUGCUAGUUCUGCCUACUUGCCAUUUACUUCGAGCUCCAGCAGUAUCGGCUACACUACUGGCUCGAUGACGGCAGAAUCGGCUUCAACAGGGUCAACCUUGUCUGAUGACAUUGAGACGUUAUCCAAGAUCAAGGACCUCGAGCUCAAAUACACCUUGGCAGUCGCUAAAGCCGAACUCAAGAUGUUGCAGAAGAACGACAGCUCUGUCAUUGCACACACAACCUAUGCAAAACGCCAGCUCAACAGUCUAUUGGAAACGGCAUGGGACCUCCAAAAGGACAUUGACCAAUUCUCGAUCUGCAUGAUCAGAAAACUUGAAAUCGCUGUCCACGAACUCUCCAAGACGAUUUCCUACAAUUGGAUUCAGUCGUGGAGCAGCUAUUCGGUGUGGUCGGGCUGGACUGUCGCUUCAGCCAGUGGCGCGUUCAGUGCUCUCAGCGAUCCACCUGCUGCCUGCCAGAGGCAUCUGGUCAAUAUGCACCAACGGUUGAUAAGUGCCCUCGAAACGCGCCAAGUAUUGCUUAGGGAAGUCGACAGGGUCAUUGAUCUCUCCUAUCAACACGACUUUAGAAAGAGAGGACCCAUCUACGUCCCUGUGCCUCUUCCUUGGCUCAGAGCCGCAGGGCCUUUCCCCCAUCUUCCAGUUAUCAGUCUUCCUACCAUCCCCUGGAACCCUUUACUCUGGGGCCGUGGCGAAGCUUAUUGGUACAGAAAACGCACUCAAGAGGAACGUGAGGAGAGCUUACGACUUCACCGUUUGCGCAUAACCCUCCAUCAAGUCCGCGAUGCAAGCGAUGGCUUUGAAGACAUCAAGAACCUCACCCAGCGAGGCAUUGCCAGCUUGCAGGAUACACACAAUGAUCUCAAGUCAUACAGUCAGAAAGUACUUGAAGAUUCUAGAUAUGGUCUUGCGUUCUUGAAGCAGAAACUUCACGUUGUGAAGAAAGACUUGGCUCUGGCUAUCCAGUUCAGAGACGAGAGGAAGCGGGUCAAGAACCACAUUAAUGCAAUUGUGUGGAAUCGAUACAAUAAUGGCAACGACGAGCAUGCUGUGAUCGUUGCCAAGGAAAUGAGAUUGUAA